AAAGGAAACCUGAGCCCUGGGAAUGGCACAAGGAAAAGGUAAAGUUACAUGCCUUUAUUUAUUUUUAUUUAUUUGAAAUGACCAAAACAACUAAGCAUCCACUAUAUUGAGGACUAUGUCACAUGAAAUUUAACAUCUCUUGUUCCUUUCCUCUAUUUUGCAUUAAAGAUUCCAAUAGAUGCAAUUUCAGAUAAAGUGAGUAAAAGAGAUUUACUGCACCUCUUAACCUUUCCUUGUCAAAAGUUAGUCCUCUCAGAACUGAAGAGUUAAAUACAUGGAGAGAGAGAUCCAUCACUUAGAGGAUCUCUAGGGGCAGAAGCAGAAGUCAGGUCUGUCUUAUUCCUGCCCCUUGUGGCCUUGCUUCUGUUGUUCAGCUCUUGUGGGGUGCCCUUCUGCUCCAUAAAAUCCAUCAUAUGCAACCCUCCUUCAAACAUAUAGAGGUAAGAAGAAAAAAAGGGAACUGUCCAGAAUCAACAUAAAGUCAGGCCUUUGGAGCUUCUGAUUCAAACAAAGGAAGUGAUUGAUGGAUAGUCUAAACAGGCAGAGGAGUGGAAUAUGGAGAUGCUUGAGAGAUGGAGACUUUGAAGAAGAAGAAGUUUGGGCUGUUCUCAAGGACAGACCUGAUUAUCACAAGCCAAAAGAAAAAGGGUCUUCUCCUCUUGCUGUCCCCAGGACUCUCCCAAGUGCAACAAGGAUGAUCCCAAGGACUAGUAGUGGCAAUAGUAGUGCUAGUUCCUCUCAUGAGACCAAGGUUCUUCAGCAAUCAGUACCUCUCAACAUUCCUGAUCGGUCAGAGAUUUAUAGGAACAAGCAAAGCAAGACCAAUAAGAGUGUUUCAAGGUUUGGUGACUAUGAUGAUUUCUAUCAUUCUGUUGAUGGUGAAGGUGAUGGUGGAGGGUAUAAUAGUGAUGGUGAAGAAGAGGAAGAGGAUGAUGAGUAUGAUACCAAGCUGCCCCCACAUGAGUUCAUUGCAAGGAGGCUUGCAAGGAGUCAAAUAUCCUCAUUUUCAGUUUUUGAAGGUGUUGGGAGGACCCUCAAAGGGAGGGAUCUUAGCAAAGUGAGGAAUGCUGUUCUUACAAAAACUGGUUUCCUUGAGUCAUUGUGAAAGGGGCUUUCAUGAAUCAAAUUUGUGAUGUAUAGGGGGGUAGUUACUUGUUAGUGGUUGCUUAGUUAUUGAAAUUGUGUGCAUGUUGUGUAUGUAAGAUUGGUUUAGGCAUUUACCAUGAAAAAGGCAAUGAUUCAAUUUGGUUGUGGCAAUUGAAAGUUUUCAAUAUCCUACUAUGUGAAAUUUAUGGAAUGUGGUAGUAAAGAGUAAUUGUUCAGAGCAUCCAUACAGACAAAAUGAUGGAUGUAAUUUGUAUUGAAAUUGAACAUACAGCCAUAAAUCAUUUAGAAGUACAAAAGUGUUUUUUA